AGAUUCCGAUUACAAAGGAAGUGGUUCUUCUCAUCUGUAAAAGGUGAGAUUGGACUAAAAAUAUAUAUUACACCAGAAUUUGAUCCAAAAUCUCCUCCCCCAUCCUCUCCAACAAAAGCCCGAAGUUCUCAACCUCUACCUCCUCUUAAUACUCCUCCCAUUUCAAAAAAUACAAAUCUCCAUGUCAAAACACUAGCCACUAUUUGAAAAACAAAAGUUCCUUUUAUUGAAACUCCAAAAACUACCACAAUAGAAACUGUGAACAAAAUUUCUAUAGUUUCCAUUGAAAACAAUUCCAGGUCCCCCAUUGCAACAGUUGAGUCCACUGGUGUUGAUCCUACUGAAAAGAUAGAGGAGGUCAAAGAACUUGUAGAAGAGAGAGCAGGAAGAGUCCAAUUUGUGCAGCAUCAAAUCGUAUCAAUGGAUAAACGACCACAAAGUGUCCCUACAUUCACCAUGCACCAAGUCAAUCCACAAGGCAAUCCUAGCCACCAAGAUGACUAUGAUUUGAAAGACACCAACCCACAACUUGGUGAGAGAUGGCCAAAUGGUGCAGGAUAUGGCGGAAGAGGAUGGAUGAGCAGUGAGAGAUUUACAAGCACUUACGACCUUGUUGAGCAGACAUUUCAUCUAUAUGUUCGAGUGGUGAAAGCAAAAGAUCUUCCUCCUAGCUCCAUCACAGGUAGCUGUGAUCCUUAUGCGGAAGUCAAGUUAGGGAACUAUAAAGGAAAAACCAAGCAUUAUGAGAAGAAAUUGAAUCCAGAGUGGAAUCAGGUCUUUGCUUUCUCAAAAGACCGAAUUCAGUCAUCAGUACUAGAAGUUUUUGUAAAGGAUAAAGAAAUGGUGGGAAGGGAUGAUUAUCUGGGACGAGUGGUUUUUGACCUGAAUGAGAUUCCAACCAGGGUUCCACCUGACAGCACACUGGCGCCUCAGUGGUACAGAAUGGAGGACCGUCGGGGACAAGGGAAGGUAAAAGGCGAGAUCAUGCUGGCAGUUUGGAUGGGAACACAAGCUGAUGAAGCCUUCCCAGAGGCAUGGCAUUCGGAUGCGGCUUCUGUAUAUGGAGAGGGUGUUUUUAACAUCCGGUCAAAGGUGUACGUAUCUCCCAAACUCUGGUACCUCAGGGUAAAUGUUAUUGAAGCUCAGGAUGUGAUGCCUAAUGACACAAACCGCCUCCCAGAAGUCUUUGUCAAAGCUCAGGUUGGAAACCAAGUGCUCAAAACCAAGAUAUGUCCAACCCCAACUACCAACCCACUUUGGAAUGAAGAUUUAGUGUUUGUGGCAGCUGAGCCUUUUGAAGAGCAAUUGUUCAUUACUGUUGAGGAUCGUAUGCAUCCUUCGAAAGAUGAGGUGUUAGGAAAGAUAAGCCUACCAUUGGACACAUUUGAAAGGCGGCUUGACCAUCGAGUAGUUCAUUCUCGAUGGUUCAAUCUUGAGAAAUUUGGUUUUGGAGUCUUUGAAGCUGACAGGAGGAAAGAACUCAAGUUCUCAAGCAGAAUUCACCUCAGAGUUUGUCUUGAAGGUGGAUAUCAUGUACUAGAUGAAUCAACUAUGUACACAAGUGAUCAAAGGCCAACAGCAAGGCAACUAUGGAAACAACCAAUUGGGAUAUUGGAAGUGGGCAUUUUGAGUGCACAGGGGCUUCUCCCAAUGAAGAUGAAGGAUGGCCGAGGAAGUACCAACGCUUAUUGUGUAGCUAAGUAUGGCCAGAAAUGGGUUCGAACAAGAACAAUCCCUGAAACUCUGAGUCCCAAGUGGAACGAGCAGUACACAUGGGAAGUUUACGAUCCUUGCACAGUCAUAACACUGGGGGUUUUCGACAAUUGCCACUUGGGUGGAGGGGAGAGAUCAACAGGCAAUGCAGCAAAAGACUCACAGAUUGGAAAGGUGAGGAUUCGGCUAUCGACACUUGAAGCUCAUAGGGUACAUACACAUGCUUACCCACUUCUUGUUCUACAACCACGUGGAGUAAAGAAAAUGGGGGAGCUCCAACUAGCGGUUCGUUUCACUAUACUCUCUCUAGCUAAUAUGGUAUAUGUUUAUGGGCAUCCCUUGCUUCCUAAAAUGCACUACUUGCAUCCUUUCACGGUGAACCAAGUGGAAAAUUUGAGAUACCAAGCUAUGAAUAUUGUAGCAGUGAGGCUUGGUAGAGCCGAACCGCCUCUCAGAAAAGAGGUAGUGGAGUAUAUGUUGGAUAUAGAUUCCCACAUGUGGAGUAUGAGAAGAAGCAAAGCCAACUUCUUUCGAGUUUUUUCACUUCUUUCAUGCGUGUUUUCUGUGAGUCGAUGGUUUGGUGAUAUUUGCAACUGGAAGAACCCCAUCACAUCAGUUAUGGUUCAUAUGCUAUUUCUGAUAUUGAUUUGGUACCCAGAGCUUAUACUUCCAACUCUCUUCCUCUACAUGUUUCUCAUUGGGCUAUGGAACUAUAGGUUCCACCCCCAACACCCACCUCAUAUGGAUACUAAACUCUCGUGGGCAGAGGCAGUGCACCCUGAUGAGCUUGACGAGGAAUUUGACACAUUUCCUACUUCAAGACCACAUGAUAUAGUUCGGAUGCGGUAUGACAGACUUAGAAGUGUCGCAGGAAGGAUUCAAACAGUGGUGGGAGACAUAGCAACACAGGGGGAGAGAUUUCAGUCUCUUCUUAGCUGGAGAGACCCAAGAGCAACUGGCCUCUUCAUAUUGUUCUGUCUUUGUGCAGCUGUAGUGCUUUAUGUGACACCAUUCAGAGUAGUGGCUCUGCUUGCAGGCUUGUAUUACUUGCGGCAUCCUAGGUUCCGGAGUAAGCUGCCUUCUGUACCCAGCAAUUUCUUUAAGAGAUUACCAGCUCAGACUGACAGCUUACUGUGAAACAAAUGGUUCGAAUUUCUAGUUUGGUGGAUACCUCCGUUCCUGUGACUUCAACCUGUGUCUCGUUUGAGUGAGUUUCAAAAAUGUUAUGUUUUUUUCAUUUAGUUCCUCUGUCGAGUUUGAGUUUGAGUUUCAAUAAAUGUUCUGUUUUCUUCAUUUAGUUCCUCUGUCUCGUCUGAGUUUGACUUUCAAUAAAUGUUCAGUUUUCUUCA